AUGGAUCUCUAUGAUGAAUUGCCAGCAAGUGCAUUGUUAUGCGACCCAGAAUUUACGGCAUUGUUUGAAGCAUGUCAACGAUAUAGAAUUACUACGAUAGAUUUCCUUACUUUGAAUGUAAGAGAACUUGCCAAGAUUUCUCAAAGAUCUAUUAAUGAAGUGGUAAAAGUUAAAAGAUUACUCUUGAACGAGUUCGACAAGCAAUUUGUCGAAAAGGAUAAGAUUCAAUCUGUAAAGGAAGUUGAACCACCACAAGUAUUUACUUCAGGUGAUAUGGAAAUUGAUUCUUUACUUGGAGGUGGUAUUCAUACUAAAAGUAUUACUGAAAUAUUUGGAGAAAGUUCAACUGGGAAAUCACAAUUAUUAAUGCAAUUAUGCUUAAAUGUUCAAUUACCAAUUGCAAAAGGUGGAUUAGAAGGGAAAUGUGUCUAUAUUACUACAGAAGGUGAUUUACCGACACCCCGUUUAAACGGGAUACUAGACUCAAGACCUGAUUGGAAGAGUAUUGGAGUAUCUCAGGCAAAUAUAUUUACCGUGAGUUGUUUUGAUUUGAUAAGUCAAGAACAUAUUUUGAAUGUUCAAUUGCCCGUGUUAUUGGAGAGAAAUAAAGGUCAGAUUAAAUUGAUUAUUAUUGAUUCAAUAUCUCAUCAUAUGCGUGUGGAAUUGGAGACUAAAUCAUUUAGUGAAUCUCAAGAUAAUAGAUAUUAUGUGGAUAAGAUGGCAGAAAAUUUAUUACAAUUAGCUAAAAAACAUUCAACAGCAGUCGUGGUUGCUAACCAAGUUGGUGAUAAACCUUUGGUGGAUAGACCUGAUGAUUUUGUUCAUCAUUUCAUGGAUUAUGAUUAUCAAUUAGGAUGGUUAGUUGGUUGGAGAGACUCCACGAUUAUGUACAGACAAUAUUAUACAGAUGAUAAUUCAAAAAAUAAAAGUAUUAGGAAUCAUCAACAGAGUCAACGACUGACACAAAGUACGACAUUAGAUUCAAAUUCUACUGUAGAAGAUUUACUAUCAGAUGAUGAGGAUUAUAGUCUCAUUGAAAGAGAAAUUAAUAAAGUUAUAAAUUCACAAUCAACCUCACAAGAAAAUAAUGACUUACCAAAUAAUCCAACAUCCACAACUAAAAGAUCCCAGACAGUUAACUCAAAUCGUUUUGUUCCUCGGAAGAAGAAAAGACGGCUGGAUAUUAGAGUUCCAAAUCUGGGACUUUCUUGGGCUAAUCAUGUUACUACCAGGCUAUUGUUGAAGAAAUCCUAUAAAGCAUCACCAAUGAUCAAACGUGGUGAAGUUAAAUUCUAUCAAGGUGUUGAUCCGGCCUCAUUUUGGCAAGUAAAAAGAACUUUACAGCUUGUAUAUUCUACUUUUGCUAAACCAGGAGAAGUAUCUUUCGUUAUCACAAAAAAGGGUAUAGAGUCUACAUGA